GCGCCACAGCGCUGUCGCCACGCCCCCAUUUCAAGCGUUUACUUCAAAUUUCCGCUUUUUGACGCACGGUUCUUGGACUACAACACAACAGACAUUUUUGCAAGGGACAUUUUUGCAAGUUUUGCAUCUGUGUGCUUACUUUUGGUGGCGUCGGACGGGACAUGGCGAGAGUUUUUCUGGCAGGAAGCCUGAGGAGGUGCAUUGUCUCUCAGAUCAGAAUGUCAUCUGAUCAGCUUGGGCAUUUGGGAAAGGGUGCAGGAAAAGGUGGAGGUGGAGGAGGCUACGUGAGGUCAGCAGGAGGUGCGUUCGGAAUGCGAGAAGCAGCAGAAGAGGAGCGGUACUUCAGGCAGAAGGAGUGGGAACAGUUGGAGGCGCUGAAGAAGCAUCACUCAGAAGAGAUCGAGCACCACAAAAAGGAGAUUGAGCGCCUACAGAAAGAGAUUGACCGCCACAAAGGCAUAAUCAGAAAGCUCUCGCACGAUGACUGAGCUGAGAAGCCUGCUGUCAUUUAUUAGUACCCGAGUGGAACCGCUUGUAAACACGGCCGUAAUUAUCACUUUUUUUUUAAGCUUGUCGAAGCAGGUCCUGAAAGUCAUGAGAUACCGACUUGGAAAUGAUGCUGAAACAAUAAAAGUGAUUCUUCUUCUAGCAUUAUGAAA